UAUUCGCACGUGCGUUAUAAAGCAUAUGGCUAAAAUUUUGUUACAGAUUACAUUAGCAAACAGAUCGUUCAACAGUGAAUUACACAUUUUUGGCUUUUAUUGUUAUUUUCAUUGAAGCUAAACCAAAAUGGUGAUUGUUAAAGAGUUAUCAGAAGAAGAAUAUAACUUAAUUCAAGCUCAAAAUCGUGAAAAGGCUCAGCUCGAAAGUGGAAUUGAGGAAAAACUUACACCCGAAAAAAACUCGCUCAAAUCCGAGACGGAAGCAGAAAAAAUAUCAGAUUUGAGUUCGAAUCCUAAACCGCAGAAUCAAGAUAAAAUAAUUAAAGAAAAAGAACAAAACGCGCCAGAGGAACAACCAGGAAAAACUAGUCCAGAAGAUCAGAAAAUUCCAGCUGAAAAUGAAAGCCUAAACUCUGAAACUGAAGGAAAAGCUGAAGAAAUCAACAAACCAAAUCAAACUGAAGAUGAAAACGAGGAAAAUAAAAACGAAGAAACCGCCGUAAUUGAUGAGAAUGAAUCCAAAAACUUGACUGAAAACAUUGAAGAUGGCUCUAAGACCAAUGAUCCCGAAGCGAAAUCUGAAACUUCCGAAAAUUCCAAGGCCUCUCAAAGCCAGGAAGCACCAGCCAGAAGGUUAGAAAAUAUGUACUCUGGACCAAAAAUGACCGUAAAAUCUAUCCAGAAGUUAUGCAAAGAGCACAAAUUGUACAACACACCGGAGCUAAACGAUGUCUUGUACUUACAUUUUAAAGGGUUCCAGAAAAUCGAAAAUUUGGAACGUUACACCGGACUAAGAUGUCUCUGGCUUGAGUCCAAUGGUUUCGAUAAAAUCGAAGGACUCGAUAAUCAAAUUGAGCUUCGAGCUUUGUAUUUGCAACAGAACUUGAUUCACAGUAUCGAAAAUAUCAACCAUUUAAAAAAUCUAGUUCACCUUAAUUUGUCCAACAACAUGAUAGGCGAAUUGAAAAACUUGAGCGAAUGUCCAAACUUGAACAACUUGCAAGUUUCGCACAAUUUGCUCAAAACCAAAGAAGACAUUCUGCAUUUAAUCGACUGUCUGAAAAUAAGUGUUCUCGACUUAUCGCACAAUCGACUUGAAGACGAGGCGAUUCUCGAAGUGUAUUCACAAAUGGCUGAGCUUAGUGUGUUGAAUCAAAUGGGAAACCCUUUAUUGAGACGAAUCUCAAACUACCGAAAAAAUUAUACAGUUCAAGUUAAAAACUUGAGAUAUUUGGACGAUCGGCCGGUUUUCCCGAAGGACCGAGCGUGCGCCGAAGCGUGGGCGAGAGGCGGUCGGGAAGAGGAAAAAGCCGAACGCGAGAGAUGGGCGGCGGCGGACAGAAAGAAAAUCGAUGAUUCGCUCGAAUCACUUCGGAAAAUAAAAGUUCAAUCUGAACAGAGAAGAAAAUUCUACGAGGAAAAACGAAAACAAGCCGAGGCAAGUUCGGGUGUUGAAAAUGGAAGCGGCGACAAUCCGAAGGAACUAACGACUCGUGAUCAAUAUUCUGACGAUCAAGACGACGAAGAUUUUGAUUCGGAUACAAACGAAAACGACGACGAAGAAAAGGACGAAAAACAAAAUGACGUAAUAAAUCUAGACGACAUUCCUGACCUUGAGGAAAUCGAGGCACAAAGUGAACUUAAUUGUGACGUAACUUCCGAUAAGAAACUGCUCGUUGAGGAAAUUCAGGCAAUCAGCGAAGAGAACGAGCCAGGUAAAAACGAAAGUAUUUUUGGAGCCAAAAAUGAAACCUCGUCAGCGAGUAGUUCAGGUUUUGUCAUCGAAGAAAUUUCCAGCCAGCAGAAAACCCAGAACUCGAUGAGCUUCGAAAACACUGCCAGUGGCAAAGCCGAAAAACCAGCUGAAAAACCCGGCAAAAUCUUGAUCGAAGAAAUGAGCUCAGGUACUUUGAGUUCAAGAUCUGCAAACUUCGAAGAAACUAUCAGCUUGACGGAAAGAGGCGAUGAUCAAUUGAUUUCCGGUCGAGCAGAGCCUUCAAACCCUACCGAAGCGUGGGGAACCUCGGAGAAAAAAUCUCGAGCAGCUCCGACAAAAGUUACACUGAUUGAAGAACUUGAUUGAUUUAAAACUGUAUAUUAAUAACCUCAUCAACCCAUAAUGUAUACUUUCAUAUCUCAAAGUUUAAAUUGCAGCAGGCAG